AUGGACGGCUCAAACAGCAACAAUCGAAGUAAUGGCGGCGGCGGCGGCGACGCCAGCAACGCCCCGACUCAGCAGCAGCCGCCGCUGCGCACCCCUCCUCCUCACCCCGGCGACAGCAGCCGCGCCGUCCGCGCCGAGCUCGAAGCGCAGCGCCGCGCCAACAUUGAGAAGCAGCGCCACUACUGGCCGCUCGUCCAGCAGCAAAUCGAGCGCGUCUUUGGCGACACCCAGCCAGCAUGGUACGCGCGCUUGCGGCUCUUCACGCCCGCCAUGUACGCGGCCGUGGCGGCCAACCGCGUGCUCGGCUUAAGCAUGCAAAGGGACCGGCUGCUGAGCGACGCCGAAGCGCGCGCCCUGACGGAGCACGCGGCCCGGAGCUCCGACCGCAUAGCGCUCAUGGACUGGUCCCUCACGGGCGUCGCGGCGUACUUUACGUGGCGCGGGCGCCGCACGCUGCGUUUUCCCCUGUGGACGCCGCAGCUGGUGGUGCCGCCGCCGCCGGGAGCGUACCUGCGCAUGGCCAUGUGGCACGGGGCGAGGUACGUGGCGUACUCGGCGGCGCUGACCGUGACGGUCAAGACGCCGCUGAUGGCGUUGAACCUCAUGCGCGAGGCGAGACAGAUACGGGCGGACGAGAGGCUGCGCGGGCUGCGGGACGACGGGCAGGACAGCGCGGCGGGCGGCGAAUGGGGCAAGGCUGGCGCGGCCUGGGAAAGCGAGAGCUCGGCAUACAGCGUGUCGCCUGGGAGAGAGGACGCACAGCAGCAGCAGCGGCAGCGGCAGCGGCAGCGGCAAUCGAUACAGGAGGCGGCGCAGUCUGGCUGGGACACAUCCAGGCAGACGGAGCAGUCCCCGCCGCUGCAGCAGCAGCAGCCACGGCAGUACGGACAAAUCCCACAGUCACAAGGCAGCGCUGGCUGGGGCAGCAGCUACGGCCAGUCACCAUCUCCAUCCUCCUCCAGCGCCGGCUGGGACAGUGACGACUUUGACGACGCCUCGCCCGUCGCCGCAUCCGCCCAGCUCAGCUCUCGCUCUGGCAACAGCGCCUCCUCCGGUUCCACCUGGGAGCGUCUGCGUCAGCAAGCACGGGCCGAUCCCCAGCAGCGACAGCAGCAGCCACAACAAGUACAACCGCAAGUACAACAGCAGCAUUGGGGCGAUGCGGGCGAUGGCGCGGACCGCGCAGCCCAGGAAAAGGCGCAGAGGGACUUUGACAGGCUCGUGGAACGGGACCGUCAGGGCAGAAGUAGUCGCUAA